GCCAAUACCUCUUCCCUUCUUGUCUGCCUUGUAUCCUGCUGUUUAAUUACCCUUGGCUCGCCAUGUCCUUCAGGUCACUCACAGCGGCUCCAGGCACCGGUGGGGCCACUCAGCAGCCGAUCAAGAGUGAACGCAGCAUGCUUGCUCUUUCCGAUGAGAAUUCAAUAAUGAAUCAAGUUCAGGCAACUCAUGCACCUGAUGGCCGAGAGUUUGAUGUCAGACCUCUCCUCAAUAUUGUUGAAGACAUCCUCAAUCGUGCCACCCGUCAAGUUGAGACCACCUUGACGCCUGCCCUAGUUCACGCAGAGAUGGAGGACAAGAAUCGUCAAGUCAAUUUCAUUGCCACGCUUGAAGCAUUGUCAUUUGUUAUUGACAGAAUUUCGUGUGAGAUUUCCUACAAGGCUUUGAGUGGAUCAGAUGCUCAUGCCACAACUCUGUCAUUAUUCAACAUGCUGUCAAGCUACUCCUGGGAUGCUAAGUUGGUGCUGACUAUGGCAGCUUUUGCUUUGAAUUAUGGAGAAUUCUGGCUUCUUGCCCAGAUUUACUCCUCAAACCCACUUGCCAAAUCAAUGGCAAUCCUAAGGCAAUUGCCUGUUAUCCUGGAACACACAGGCCCAUUGAAGCCUCGGUUUGAAGCACUUAACAAUCUGAUCAGGGUCAUGAUGGAGGUCACUAAGUGCAUAGUUGAGUUCAAGGAAUUACCAUCUACAUAUAUUUCCACAGAGGUGCCUGCUUUGUCCGCAGCCAUUGCCCACAUCCCAACUGCUGUCUACUGGACCAUAAGGAGUGUUGUGGCUUGUGCAACACAGAUUACCAGUCUCACCACCUUGGGACAUGAGUUUGCUACCACUGAGGCAUGGGAACUAUCCACCUUAGCUCACAAACUCCAAAACAUAAAUGAGCAUCUAAAGAAGCAGCUCUCUAUUUGUUACCAACACAUAGAUGAGAAGAGGAAUGUUGAAGCCUAUCAAAUGCUUCUGAAUCUUUUUGAUACAAUCCACAUUGACAACAUGAAGAUCUUGAAGGCCCUGAUUUAUGCCAAGGAUGACAUCCCACCACUUCUUGAUGGCUCUACCAAGAGAAGGGUUAACAUUGAUGUGCUGAGAAGGAAGAAUGUGCUAUUGCUCGUUUCGGGGCUAGACAUUUCGCACGACGAGCUUUCGAUUCUUGAACAGAUUUACAAUGAGUCCAGACUCCACGCUACCAGGCUGGAGAGUCAGUAUGAGGUGGUUUGGAUCCCAAUUGUGGACCGUACAGUGCCUUGGAAUGAUUCUAUGCAAAAGCAGUUUGAGGCCCUGCAGGCUACGAUGCCAUGGUACUCGGUGCACCACCCAUCAAUAAUUGAAAAAGUGGUCAUUAAAUUCAUCAGGGAGGUGUGGCACUUCAGGAAGAAGCCUAUCCUGGUGGUGCUUGACCGUCAGGGCCGAGUGGUUUGCCCUAAUGCACUACAUAUGAUGUGGAUUUGGGGAAGCAAUGCUUUCCCUUUCACUAGCUUGAGAGAAGAAUCUCUCUGGAAGGAAGAGACAUGGAGGCUUGAGCUCCUGGUUGAUGGCAUUGACCCAACUAUUCUCAACUGGAUUAAAGAAGGAAAGUACAUUUUCUUGUAUGGAGGGGACGAUAUCGAGUGGGUGAGGAAGUUCACUAACAACGCACGAGCAGUCGCACAGGCAUCACGUAUACCACUCGAGAUGGUGUACGUGGGGAAGAGCAGCAAGAAGGACAAAGUCCAGCGAGUCAUAGCCACAAUCACUGUUGAGAAGCUCAGCUACGUCUGGCCGGACAUGACCAUGAUAUGGUUCUUCUGGACCAGGCUAGAGAGCAUGGUAUUCUCCAAGAUUCAACAAGGCAAGAUCGAUGAGUAUGACCCUAUGAUGCAAGAAAUCAAGAAACUGCUUAGCUAUGACAAAGAAGGUGGAUGGGCCGUGCUCAGUAGAGGGUCUAACGUUGUGGUUAAUGGGCAUAGCACCACUGUUUUGCCUACAUUGAUAGAGUAUGAUACCUGGAAGGAGCAAGUACCAGUUAAAGGCUUUGAUUUGUCUUUCAAAGAACACCAUGACAAGCUUCACGGUGUCACUCAUCCUUGCUGCCGUUUCGAGUUCCCAAGCACCGCCGGUAGGAUCCCUGAGCACCUGAAAUGCCCUGAGUGCCACCACGUCAUGGAGAAGUACUUCACUUUCCUCUGCUGCCACGAGGAGGGCAUUGCAGAGAUACCAUAUUAAACACACUAUUACAGCCACAAUAUUGAAUUCCUUAUAUAGAUUAUAGUCAAAUAAUGGUAAACUGUGCGAUCCUUUCUUUGAUGUCCAUGUAUCUUUCUUGUAAUAUGAUGCCAAUGGGAGUUUUAAGUUGGCAUUUGAAGCCAUAAAUAAAGAUUUGAGAGUUUCUGAUCUUUAA